GGCGGAGCCCGGCCUGUCUUCCCCGGGCUCCCCGCUCCCUGCGGGGCGGCCGCGGCCACCUGCGCCCCGCCCCUGCGGCCGCGCCCAGGCCCGGGAACCGCGGAGGCGCGCCUCCGCCUUGGGAAGGGCGAGUUCCCGUCUCGACCCGCGGGCAGGUCCCGGGAUGCGGCUGCGCUGAGGGCCCUCCGCCCGCCCAUCGACGAGCCCGGCCUCCCUGAGUGCCUUUCCCGGCGGUGAGAAGGUGGGCUUGUAGCCGGGCAAGAUGACCAACCCUGCGGCCACGCAGAACAAGGAAAUAGACUGUCUGAGCCCAGAAGCUCAGAGACUGGCGGAGGCCCGGUUGGCAGCGAAGCGUGCAGCCCGCGCCGAGGCUCGAGAGAUCCGCAUGAAGGAGCUGGAGCGGCAGCAGAGGGAGAUCUAUCAAGUUCAAAAGAAAUAUUAUGGGCUGGAUACAAAAUGGGGUGACAUCGAGCAGUGGAUGGAAGACAGUGAGCGAUACUCGCGUAGAUCCAGAAGAAACACCUCGGCUUCUGAUGAAGAUGAGCGCGUGUCAGUGGGCAGCCGCGGCAGCCUGAGGCCUGAUUUGGAGUAUGGGGCCCCCUACACCUGGACAAAUGGUUAUGAAGGAGAAUUAUGUGGACCGCAAUCCCUGAGUAGAAGAUCUGGCAGGAAUUCCAGCUACAGCGGGGACAGCAGAUUCUCUACUUGGUCAACAUCCAGAGAAGAGAAGUUGGGACUGUCUGGCUCUGACCUCGGGCUUCCCAGUAGCGGCCUGGCUCCCAGACCCCUGUCUGCCCAGAAUGGAAACCGGGCGUCCGUGUUCGAUGACAGCAGUCUCGGUGGGGCUCGAUGGGGCCGUGCCUGCCGUUCCCACGCUCCCUCGGAGCCCAGCGGCCACCUGAACUCCAGCUCGCGCGCCUCCUCCAGAGCCAGCUCGGCGCGGGCCAGCCCAGUGGUUGAAGAGAGACCAGAAAAAGAUUUCACUGAGAAGGGGUCCCGGAGCCUGUCCGGCCUGUCUGCAGCCACACUGGCCUCCCUGGGUGGGACAUCCUCUCGGAGGGGAAGUGGGGACACCUCCAUCUCCAUUGACACCGAGGCAUCCAUUAGGGAAAUCAAGGAACUCAAUGAGUUAAAGGACCAGAUUCAGGAUGUAGAAGGCAAAUACAUGCGGGGGUUGAAAGAGCUGAAGGACUCACUAGCAGAAGUUGAAGAGAAAUAUAAGAAGGCUAUGGUUUCCAACGCUCAGCUAGACAACGAAAAGACAAAUUUCAUGUACCAGGUUGAUACCCUGAAAGAUACGCUGCUGGAGCUCGAAGAACAGCUGGCCGAAUCCAGGCGACAGUAUGAAGAGAAAAACAAAGAAUUCGACAGGGAGCAGCACGCCCACAGUGUCCUGCGGUUCCAGUUUGCUGAGGUGAAAGAGGCCCUGAAGCAAAGGGAAGAGCUGCUCGAGGAAAUCCGACAGCUACAGCAGAAACAGGCGGGUUAUAUCAGGGAGAUUUCUGAUCUUCAGGAAACAAUAGAGUGGAAAGACAAAAAGAUAGGGGCUUUAGAGAGACAGAAAGAGUUCUUUGAUUCCGUAAGGAGUGAACGAGAUGAUCUCAGAGAAGAAGUAGUCACGCUGAAAGAGGAAUUAAAGAAACACGGAAUAAUCCUAAAUUCAGAAAUAGCUACCAACGGAGAGACUUCAGAUACUCUAAGUAGUUUCGGAUACCAAGGUCCAACCAAGAUGGAGAAAGAAGAGCUGAAUGCCCUCCAGACACCAGGGGACGAGAUGCCAGGAAGAGCCAAUGAAGUGGAGGUGAAAAAUGAAAUUGUGGAGAAUGAGGGGAAAAGAGAAAUCUUGCAGCAUACUGAGCAAGAACAGCACAAAGAGGACCCAGUAAAGGAUCAUAUGGACACAGAGGUGUCCCAUCCUGGUGAGGAUGCCGAGGACCAGAAAACCUCCGAAGACAGUGCCUCCUCCCUAGGGCUGUUAGCAGGUGCCGCACACAAGGAGCAGGUUCAAGACCAAGUUCUAGAGAACACCCCCUUCCUGGAAGAAGCACAGCAGGCUCAGUCACACGAGGGCACAAACACGCCCCACGACAGGAUAGGAGCUCCCCUUGAGGUGUCCAAAUGUCUGAGUGAAUUAGACGGUGAAAUCCAGGGUCCUGUGACUGGGCAGGAGAGUUGUAAUGCCUCGGAUAGCAAAAACCGAAGUGAAGAAUGUGCAGAAAAACAGGAAAAAGACAAAGACGAUUUUAAAACCAACUUGGGAGAGGCCAGCACAAAACCAUGUCAGGACCCUGCUCCUUUACAAACAGCUGAAGCUGGCAGUGCAGACACUGGGGGGCAGAGUGUGAGCCCCAUGGGAGGUGUGGGGGGGGCAGGGCUAACUGGAUCUGGGGAGCAAGUGGGCACAGUAGCCUCAAGCCCUCCCAGGUAUGACGAUGGCACCGAAGGUCAUGACGGAACAUGUGCAGUCGGUGGCCCCCGAGAGUGGGACCCGAGCACGGGGCACGACCUAGAGAAAGAACUUGCCGUCCAGGAAGUGGCUGAGCCCAAGGGGGUCCCGAGUCAGAGCACAGAAGUGGGUGGGGAAAACACCGAACAAGAGGACAAAGAAAGGGAACCGAGGGCUGAGAAACUGACGCAGACCGAAGUCCCAGGCAUGCCUUGUUCUGCAGCGGCCCUAAGCAGUCCUCAGGGGACAGGUCCCAGCACAGUGGAUGCUGGAAGUGAACCCGCAGACACGAGAGAACCUGAUGAAGAAAAGAGUGACCAGCAGGCAGACGCACUGGAUUCGUCACAAAAGAAGACAAAAAACAAGAAAAAGAAAAACAAGAAGAAAAAAAUACCAGCGGCGGCCGGAACCCUUAACGAGGUUAAGAAAGAGUUAACUUUUCAGGACCCAGAUUUAAGUGAAGUUAAGGAGGAAGAGCAGGUAGGAUUUACUGACAGAAGUCCAGUCGUAGAAGCACCAAGUGAGGUCACUGAACAUCCCCAACAGGUUGUAGCAGGAGGCGGUGAAGAUGUUGACUGUCCAGAAAAUCCUAAAAUUGAGUUGGAUGGAAAAUUUAACCAAGAUGAUGAUGUAAACACUCAGGCAGGAGAAGUAAUAGCUGAAGGAGACACGUUACAUUUUGAAGAUGCUGCAGUUCCGUCAUCAGGCACUCUUGCCAGGGAUAAAGAAUUAGAUGAAGGUGUGACAGAGGAUAAUGGCGAAGAAGACGCCACCGCUCAAAGCAAUCCUCCGGGACCGGAGAAUGAAGAGGCGCCUCGCAGGGCCCUGCUCGAACGUCCCUCAGGGGAUGUGAAUGAUGCCUCCCAAACAGAAGGUACAGAAGGGCAUGAGAUGUCAGAAUAUCCAACUCAGGUAGUCAGGGGGGCUCCCGAUGGCACCGGUCCAGAGGGUGACAACCUGGCACCAGCCGGGGAGUCGGACAGCAGAGGGACACAAGGCAGGGGCGAGAAGGGCAAAAGCAGGGAAGAGUGCUCCCUGUCCUAGGCCGGGGGCGGCGUGUUCGAGGGGGCCGAGGACUGCCCAGUAAGUCCCAGCCGAGAGGCUUGUGUCCGUCACCCCCGCUGGGGAGGUUCACGGAUGUUCUAGAUUGAGAGAGAUGCACCGUAUGACACUUGACCACAGCACUAGCUACUACUUUCAGUUAGAGAUCGUUACUCAUAGAUUGUAUUUCAUCAUUAAGGUUUCACCCCAGAGUGGAAAGACACAGCUGUCAUCAGCUGAAGUUCCUGAUUGAGAGCGUACUAGAAGGUGGUAUCAGACACCUGUUCGAGUAAUGCUGUUGGCAUUUCUGCUUAAAAUGGGAAUCAAAAUAUUUAACAUUUGCCUUAAACUGAUAGGAAUGUGGAUAUUCUCGUCCAGAACGGCAUCUAAUUGAAAUGACCAAAUAGCAUUCUGAGAUUUCCACAUUAUGAGUGUAGUUGAUAAUUAAUGAGUCUCAUUCAAAUAUAUGUAUUUUCUUAUUGGAUUUUGAUCUGCACAUUAUAAUCUAUAUGUUAUUUUAUUUUUGAAAAUAAAUUUUGAAGGAGAUAAAUGGCCAAAUAGCAUAUAGGUCACUGAGUGAUAGGAUUUGCACCUUAGAACAAUAACUAAUCAUGGCAGGGAUACCAAGUAAAUGCCUGCCAGCACUUGAGAGAGCUCACCUACCUGCCUUUACCUCGCCCAGGUCGAGUUUAUCUCAGACCAGUACUUUCAAAUCUUACUGUUGAUGAUACCUGAAUUUACUUUGUAGGAAAUUCAACUUCACUUCUUGUCAAGUGGGUACCAAAGUUAUUUUAUACAAAGAUUUUUUUAAAUCCUUUUUUGUGAAAGAGAUAACACAUUGCAAUUGCAUUUCCUACUGUAGUAUUUGGGUGGGGGAGUCAUUUCUAAAAUAGAUUUUUUUUUACCUUAAAAUCACUUCUCUUUGUAGUUGUCUGAUCAUUAUUCAGAAGAGCAGUACAAAAGGCUACUAUUCUUUUGCAAGCUGCUGAUUAGGCUGUAACAGGAUGUUUUAAAGAGUUAAGUUACUUUUGGUAUUUGGGCAUAAAUAGUCUCCUUGGUUGUUUCUCAGUAUAUUCUUAUUACAAAAAUCUUGUUUUGAUUUUCCUUAAGGAAAUUUAUAUUUUCUGUAUAAAGAAGCAUGUAAAAAAACCCAUUGUCAAGUUAAAUUAAAAAGUAAUUGUAAAAUACUAACAUCACAAGGGAAUGUUCAUUGGGUGUGCUGUUGACACUUUAUGAGAUUAUAUGAAUUCAUAUUACUGUUACAGGAUAUAACUGAGUGCAAAAGAGCAAAACCUCAAUGGAAUUUGAGGCAAACAUAAGUGUUAUUAUGCAAUUGAAAUAAAAACAUUUUAUAAUUUUACAA